AUGCACAAGAUCAGCAACUUCACCGGCCAAGCCCGUCAUGGAUGGGAACGGAUGACCCCAGCUGCGUUUGGCAUGUCAAGAUUUCAUCAAGAUAUGCCAGCGCAGCAACCACUGAGACGUCCACACGGUUCUUCAGCUAUCGUUCCACCGGCUUCUACUGAUUCAACACCCGUCAAUCUUUGCUUCAACGUCCCCUUUGCCUCGAACCUCCCGGGGCCCGACCCCGAUGAAAUCCUUCAUUCGAGCCCUGGCGCUUUACAACGCUGGACUUUCCCAGACGGCACCGCCGAAGAUACACCCGUCCACAAGCUACCUGUCCACGUCCAAAAUGAGGAAAGGCUCCGAUCCUUGUGCACUUACAUAAGUGAUCAAAGUGCUGGUCGGAUCCACGCCACGGUCACGUCCUCCGAACCUAAGGCUGGGCCUGCUCUGCAUAGACGAUUCCAAGCCUUGGUCACAAAUGUCUGCAUUUCCGGCGACGGCGAGUUGGUCAAUAAAAUGAGAGCCAAGGUGCUCAACGAAACGCCAAUCAUGAUGCGGUCUGCCGUUGUAGACAUUGAUCCAGACCUGAUCCUUGACGGUGCCGAAACCAACAUUCGCUCGAGCGUUCUCGAUCACAUAGACCUAUGUGCUAAGUACACCGGCACGGACAUUUUUCUCUUGAAACCUCGGAACACAGAGACAUCAUCACAUGGAGCCCUUCACAGUGAUGGACUCGAUAAUGGACUCGACCAACGCUUUCGAGUCAAUAUCUAUGGUGACAUGGAAAGCGUCGAGCAUGCCAAAACACGUGCCUUGAUGAUGAUCGAUCAAAUUCUCAAACAUAAGAUUGACAUGGUCCGGCUCGAGGUCACAAUGCAUACUCUGGUUUCAGGCCGCACCGGAAAGAAUAUCAAGCAAAUCGAGUCCGCCACCAAAACAGCCAUUUACUUUCCACCUCCUUUCGCAGGUGUCUUUGGAUACAUUCCCCCACAUGCCACACGAAGGUCGGCCGAGGAGAUUUUCAUCACUGGCGAGACUCAAGAACGGAUCAAUCAAGCCAAGCAAAAGCUAAAAGAGCUGGUCAUGGGUAUAAAGCUCUACACAAAGGACGUGGUGGUGUCGCCAAGUAAAAUCGACAAUAUCAUUCUUGAUCGGCUGGACAAGAUGCGCAAGGUUAUGGAGAUCAACGGCUCCCAUGUCCUGUUUCCCCAGCUCGGUAGUCAACGUGGCCUUGUCCGCGUCCAAGGGACAGAAGUACUUCAUGUUGAGAGGACUGUAAAGGAGAUCAUGGCUUUGGCCGGACAGUUCUUCAGUGCUUCCUGGUGGAUCAUCAUGCCAGACCCCAGCCAAGGUCCAAGCCUCCGUGCUCCCUCACCCGACGAUAUCCGCGUCAUGCUGAGCGACAUCUGCACCAACUCUGGAGCGGAUCUGAGCUUUGAAAAGUUUACCUUCACCAUCAACGGUUCCGAUGACGCUGUCAAGGCGGCAAUGAUGGUGAUCAACCAGAUCCCGUUCAUUAAACGAACUCCAUACCAAAUGCGGGUCAAGAUUGAACUUGCCAAUGAACACAAGGAGUUUGUUAGCGGCAAAAAAAAUGGCAAAAUCAACAAGAUCAUGGGUCAAAGCAAUGUUCAAAUCAUCUUUGACGGUUUCAACGAGUACAACUUUUAUAUCGACGUGGUAGGCAACCAGUAUGAGGCCACGAAGAAUGGAUUGGAUUUGGUUGAACAGGAAAUGCCGGCCUCGAUUUCGUUCCAUGUGCCCGAUCAGUAUCACAAACGCAUCAUCGGCAUUGGCGGGCAACAUAUCCAACGGAUUAUGAAAAAGUAUUCAGUGUUUGUCAAAUUCUCUAACGCCAUGGAUCGGGGCAAUAUGGGCAAGGAAGAAGACGACAUCAAGGUCGACAAUGUCAUUUGCCGCACCCCGGCUCGCAAUGCACAGAGUCUGGACCUAGUGAAACAGGAGAUCAUGGAUAUGGUGGAGAAAGCUGACGCCGAGUUUGUCUCGGAAACUGUCGUGAUCAACAGACUCUACCAUCGAGAAUUGAUCGCGCGGUUGACUGACAUUGAAGACUUGGAAAAGAAAUGGAACUGCAAGAUUGACUUUCCAAAUACGGAACAAGCCAGUGACGUGGUGACCAUCUCUGGGCCUGAGUAUCAAGUUCCCCAGGCUGUAGACGCCUUUCUCGGCAUGGUUCCCGAAAGCCACGAGAUUGCUUUCCAGAAAUCACCCGAGCUCGACGCCUUCUUCGCCAAUGCCGAACUCUUCAACGACUUUCGGCAGAAGUCAAGAAACCAAUACGAAGUGGAUGUGCAUGCGAAUCCGCAGUUGAGCAGCUUGCCCAAGUCGGCGACUGCAUCGCUGGAGCGAAUCGUGGGCCCUUCGGAGGGCCGACUGGUCCUCACCUACACCAGGAACAACGCCGGCGGGCUCCAGGAUGCCAUCGACUUCCUCAUCACCCAGCUGGUGCCAUUUGGGUUGGAUGCAACCACGGUCAAAGGGGCCAUUCCGCGGCCGAAAUCUGAUUCUUUCGAGGACUCCUUACCUUUCUUUGACUCGAAGCUUCUACAAAAUGCGCCUUCUCUCCAUUCUGAUUCUCCCACACGACUGAGCUUCGCCGAUGGAGAGAGCACACCCGUUUCUGAACGUGCGUCACUCUUUGAUCGGCUCCGCAAGCCUGGAAGCAUAUCGUCCUUCUCAUCCUUUAUGAGCCGGAAAAAUCAGAACAACUCGCCUGGAACUUUCUUCAAGCAUGCAUCUUCCAAUGCAAGCAAAGCCUCUCUCAUUAGUAUGGAGAGCCGGGAGAGUGGAUAUCGAAACUUCUGGAACGAUAGCGGAGUGAAUCUACCCGAAGAGGAGGCGUCUACGUCCGUGAGUGGUGGCUGGCCAUCCCGCUUUCACGGAGACAAGCUCUCAUUCAGCAUGAGCAACAUGAAUGCUUCUGGUGACAAGACGCCCAAGCAUGAACCUCGAGCGAGUUUUGACUCUGGACGACCUCCCACCUCUCACUCCUUUUCUUCCCACCCAGGCCCCAUUGGGCCUUUUCAUCACGGGCAGAACACAGGCAACUCCAACGGGUCUGUCCCCAAUUUGAAUCUUCCUUUACGUUAG